UAAAGCUUCUCCAAAUGUAAACCCUAACAAGUGGAGGCAGACAAACUUUUUUCGUUCAAAAAUAGUUCGUAUUAUAUAAAUCUCUCAUUCUAGUGGUUCAGAAUGCAAUUCUCACUCCUUCAACCCUAAUUUUUCUAUAGGGUUUUUCAUCCCACCCCCAACUUCGGUGCAUCCCCAUCUAAGGGGGUCUUUCUUCCAUCAGAAUGGGCAAAGCAAAGGUUGCUGCUGCUCCUGUUUCAGCUGCCCCAACUAAGCCGAUGAAGAAAGGCAAGAGAGAGGCACCAGUUUCGGCUCAGAAGCCCAGCGCAAAAAAGCAGAAAAAAGGCUCAGCAGUAGAACAAGCUGUGGAGAAGAAGAUGGUCGAGGCAAAGACUAAGAAGAAGGUGGAAAACAGUUUGGAGGAAGGAACUCCCGAUUCUGAAAAGAAACCUGCUGCAAUCAAGGAUGACAGUGUUGUGAAAAAGAAGGUUACAUCUACUGUACCAGCCCCUGUAAAGAAGGAUGAGUGCAGUUCUGAUGAAGAGGGUAGUUCUGAUAAUGAUGAGGACGUGGUUGUGAAGAACACCGUUCCUAGUGCACCUGCACCUACCAAAAAAGUUGAAAGCAAACCAGUAAAAGAUGAAGACGAAGAAAGCUCUGAUGAGGACGGGGAUGAAGAUGAAGAAAGCCCUGAUGAAGAUGUGGCACCAAAACUGGUUUCUGCUAACCAAGCCAAAAAUGGUGCAGAAAGUGAGGAAGAAAGUGAAUCAGCUUCUGAAGAAAGUGGAUCAGAUGAGGAGGAUGCUUCUGCUGAGAAGGAGGCUCCCGCAAGUGCACCUGCCUCUACAGAAGUAGAUGAAACCAGUACAGAAGAGGAUGAAGAAAGCUCUGAUGAAGAUGUUGCACCAGAAGCAGCUGCUCCUUCAGUUAGCAAAAAGGGUACUAAUGGUGAUGACGAGGAUGAUAGUUCUGAUGAAAGUGAAGAUGAGGAGCCAAAAAAGAAAAAGACCAAGUCUCAGACACCAGUCACUCCCAAGGCUGAAGCAGAAGGGUCAAAAACUCUCUUUAUAGGGAAUUUGGCAUGGUCUAUUGAGCAGAGCGAUGUUUUAAAUUUCUUUAAAGAUGUCGGGGAGGUCAAAGAAGUUCGAUUUGCUGUAGAUCGAGAUGGGAAGUUCAAGGGCUUUGGACACGUUGAUUUUGAUACAUCUGAGGCUGCUCUCAAGGCUCUUAAACUUAGUGGUCAAGAAUUGGCAGGCCGUGAAGUGAGACUUGACCUUGCAAAAGCGAGAGGGGAGUUUACUCCCAAUAGCGGGAAACAAGAUGACUCCCGCCAGAAGCAGGGCAAAGCUGAAGGUACAACUGUUUACGUCAGGGGGUUUGACAAGGAUGAGCCUGAAGAGAAGAUUAGGAGUGCUCUAGAAAAGCAUUUUGGUUCUUGUGGAGAAAUUAAAGGCACAAGAAUCCCCACUGACCAAGAGGGUUCCAUUAAAGGGAUGGCAUAUGUUGAAUUUACUGAUAAUAAUGCAAUGAAGAAGGCCCUUGAACUGAAUGACUCGCAAAUGGGAGAUGACACAUUGUUUGUGGAAGAAGCUAAGCCAAGAGGUGAUAGUGGUGGAAGAAGUGGUGGACGUGGUGGUGGAAGAAGCGGUGGACGUGGUGGUGGUGGAAGAAGCGGGGGACGUGGGCGUGGACGAUUUUGAUGAAAGAUAUAUCAAAUUGGGUGGAGCAAGAAGUUCCCAAUUUUGCUUAUUUUAAAGUCUUAUAAUUGUUGUUUUUUGGGGAACACAUUGAACGUAUUUCCUGUGCUGUUUUUAUAAUUGUUUUUUGUAGUGCACGACUCUUUUUUUUAAGUUCUCAUAUCUCAACCCAAAGAUUUCACCUUGUUAUUUCUAUUAUCAACUGUCAAUAACUCAAUAUCAUCACCUUUGAUUGAA